UGGUUCUAGAAGGUAAUUCUGCACCAAGAUGAUGAAGGUCGCCAUAUUCCUGCUGUUUGCAGUGCUGAUCCCUUCUCAGUACACACGUGCUCAGUCAUGCACCCAGUCGUGUACAGUUGAUAAUGUGAUUAACCUGAUGAUCAAGUCAUCCACUGAAGCACUAGUGACUUCAGUCCUAUCAAAACUUGAUAUUACUUGUACCAGUGUGAAUUCACGUGGGGCCAAUGUCUCCUGUCCUUCAGGUUACAAGGCCACUUCCUGUGCCUGUGGCAUGGCUUGUGGGUCCUGGGAUAUCCGUGGUAAUACUGCUUGUCACUGCCAGUGCCAGAACAUUGACUGGACUUCUGCCCAGUGUUGCAAAUUAGGUUUGAUGGAGUCUUAG